AUGAAUGUACUGCUAAAGUUAUGUCGAUCAUUUUCUCAAGCUAGCUACAAUGUUACGUUGUUAAAAGAAAGUAAAGGCAAGAUAAUAUCAGGGAAAAAGAUUAUCAAAUGGGUCAACGAUUCCAGUUUGUCUAAGAAAGAAAUGGGUAAGAUAGAUAAAGAGAAGAUGGAUACGUGGAAAAGACAAAACAUAGCCCUGAAAGAAAAAUUCAAAGGGGAACGUUGGGCUCCAAAGAAAAAGUUAUCUCGAACCGAGAUGGGUAGUGUCAGAUUACUCAGGGAGCAAUUCCCAGAUAUGACCGCGAGCGAGCUGGGUGAAAAGUUUAAAGUUUCUCCAGAAGCAAUUAGAAGAAUUUUGAAGAGUAAUUGGAAGCCGUCUGAGGACGAAGAUAGAAGAAUUGCCCAGAGAUGGAAGAAAAGGGGGGAAAAGAUCAAAUAUUUAUAUGGGUCUACAAGAUUAGGGGAUGAACGAGUCUCUGCUUCAACUGUUGAUCCAGGUAAAAAAUAA